AUGUCUUCAAAUCCGCCUGACAGUGCUCCUUCUGCGCCUCUUCCCCCAGAUAAGGACAUUUUCGAAGGUUUAGACACCAAAUGUAUCGAUAUGUUGACCAUCCCCACUCUCAACAUAUCCGAUACCGUGGUCGGUAUUAAAGACGUCGAGUACAUUGGCUCCUACAACUGGAUCAAGAAUUCUGAAUCUGAAUCAGACCCGUCGCCGGCAAUAGUUGUACCUGUAUCGCUCACGAUCUCAAUUAUAGGCUCACCACCAGAGUGGCAGAACAAGGCUGUCCCUUACAGAAUCCCCGCUGACAGAGGUUUCUUCUUUUCUGACCAAAAUGGCUUUCAGAUGCCUUCUGCUAUCCUUCUUCCGCUCAUGGUUGCUGUCGAGACCGUAGCGGAAGAUAAGAAGGAAUUGCCUUUCGAUUGGUCUUCCGCCGAUUUUGUUACUGAUCGCAACUGCCUUCGCAAACUCCUUAGAUGGAUCGGGGGAGGAAAUAAUGAGAGGAGCAUGAAAGAAUUCAGGAUCGAUAUGCAGCUCGCCGGGAAGAAGACUGUAUUAUUGAAUAGAUGGGAUAAGAGGUAUAAGGAACAAGCUUCCGGAUACUCGUACGGAUAUGGCUUCGAAGACCAUACUACCAGCCCUGCGAUUGGAUGUGAAUCUAGUAGUGGCCAUCACCGCAUUAUUACUUAUGACCUUGGGGGCUUCAAAAUGGUGGUCCGGUUCGAAGUUGACGCCUGCAUAUCCGUAAAACCAGGCGCGCGCGCCCCUGUCACGUCAAGUUCGAGUUCGUCAGCGACCGUUGACGAACUCUCGAACUUGCUUUCGGCAGUUAACAUAGGACCACCCACGACUUCCAUUAUACCAGUCACCCCGUCGCGAUCACUGACAGUCAAAUCGGGUGGUUCCUACGUUCCUCAAAACGCUAUAGUUGAACUCACUACUGUCUCGGAACGCAGACGCCCUCAAUUUGACUGGUACGAGCAGUAUCCCCAGCUCUUCCUUUCACAGACGUCUCUUCACUUCCUUGGCAUUCACGAUCGGGGAUAUUUUCAUGCUGUUGAAAAGAAUGAGCUCAAUGCUCUGAGUCAGCAAGCGAGGAUUGUGCAGCCCAGUUUGAAGAAGUUAGUGAAGGUCUUGAAGAUCAUUCAAGAGCUUGUCGUGAAGAAUGGAAUGACGAGCAGGUUGACACUGAUUCGGGAUGGAGAAAGGCUGAAAGUCUAUGAAAGGCGGAGCGAAGAAAGCUGCCUUCCGAAGAGAUACCUAGUGAAGUUUGAGGCUAAGAAGUGA